UCAGUGAAGAAAUUUUCAACUCCUUAACCGAGAACGAGGGCACGUCACAUCGGUGGCUUUGUGCUUCGUGGUUGUACAGUUCUCCGAUCGCUGCCACGUACAUUAACGUUUAAUAAAAAUAAUAGCGUUACUAGUGGUUAAUUCUUUACGUUAACGACGGAUUACUUCGUGAAUGUUGAAUGGUUCUCCGUAAUUCACCCGGAACGACCUGAACGUUUUGCUACGUAGAGACAAACGAAAUGGGAGGGUCUCACAGUGUCGAGAUACCCGGCGGCGGCACAGAAGGUUACCACGUCCUCACGGUGCACCAAGGCUCGCCGGGACAAAAGGCUGGCCUCGAGGCUUUCUUUGAUUUUAUUGUGUCCAUUGGUAAUACAAGAUUGGAUCAGGAUAACGAUACAUUGAAAGAGCUUCUAAAAGCUGGAGUUGAUAAAGAGCUUUUAAUUACCGUGUAUAGUAGUAAGACUCAAUCUGUAAGACAGACUACUAUUGUACCAAGUAUGACGUGGGGUGGACAGGGAUUACUCGGAGUUAGUAUAAGGUUUUGCUCUUUUGAAGGUGCUAACGAGAAUGUUUGGCACGUUUUGGAAGUUCAUCCAUCAUCGCCUGCCGAAUUGGCUGGGCUUAGACCAUUUACAGAUUAUAUUAUUAGCGUGGAUUCGGUACUCCAUGAAAGCGAAGAUUUAUUUACUUUAAUCGAAGCUCACGAGUCUCGCCCACUUAAAUUAUAUGUUUAUAAUAUAGACGAUGAUUCAUGUAGAGAAGUAACGAUAACUCCUAAUAAUACAUGGGGCGGCGAAGGCAGUCUUGGAUGCGGAAUAGGUUAUGGUUAUCUUCAUAGAAUACCCAUUCGAAAUAUUGUAGAUAACAACAAAUCUCAUAAUGCUGCUUUGAAUAGUAUUUCAAGUACGCCUCAAAAUAUUCAGCUACCAACUUUACCAGUAAAUGCACAGAUUUCGAGUGCAGUUCCACAAUUCACUAUGCCUCCAAUUUAUAAUUUACCUUCGACAGAUAUUGGUAAAAUAAAGGAGACUACUGGAGUCGAACAUUCAAUUCCUGCCCCAAUUUUACCUCAAUCUAAUUUUAUCCCAAGAACUGAUCCAAAUGUGGUAAUAACAACCAGUACAAUUGGAAUUUCAAUUCCAAUGAAUUCCCCACAACAAACAUCAGCAAAUAUUGUAAUGAAUUCGCCACAGCAAACAUCGUCUGCGAAUAUCAUAAUGAAUUCGCCACAACAGUGCUCAACAGGAAUUCCACACUAUACUUCACCACAGCAUAGUAUAAGCUGCCCUCCAGUUAUAGAGCCACCUAGUUAUUUAAAUACGCCACAUAUUCCGGGUAUGCCACUGAGUCCACCAUUGCCACCACUUUAUACAAAUGUACAAAGUACACUAGCCAGUGAAUUCCAUCCAAAUUACAGUACACCAUCAUCGGUUUCAGUUAACAUACCAAAUUUCAAUAUGCCUCAGCCGCAGGUUGUGACAACUCCCAUCUCAUUACCUGGAAUGCCACCCAUUACCGUCAGCGCAUCUGUACCGCAAAAUCCAUCAUUUUAUUCACCAGUUAUGCAACAAAAUCAAAUUCCUGGUACAAAUGCCAUGUCCUCACCAACACAAUAACAAACGCAGUGAUACGAAAAUUGAAAGUAAUAAGUGACACGCUAAGACUAUUAAGAAUGUGGUGUGCGAGACAAGAUUAUUGUUUUCAAUACCUUGAAAUUUAUAUUUGUAGGAAUGCAGAAAAAGAUAUCGGGUUAAAAUAUAUUAAUUGAAA